AUGCGGGCUAUUUACCAGAAGGGUGAUGCCAAGCUGCGGCAUUUGGUGCAAAGCCACGGAGCCAAGCGAUGGGCACAGCGAAUAUCAGGCAGCAAGGAUGUGGCGCAGUGUGGCAUCUACCGUCAAGCUCACAACGAGAAGGUGACUAUCGACGAGCUCAGUCAAGAGGCACAAAGCCUCCUGGAGGAGCUUCAGAAGUCCGAAGGCGAGAAGGAUGAUCCCGAUCUGGAGUGGCGAUUGAACGAGAAGCUGGUGGAGGUUGUGGAUGCCCUGGCCGCAGCAGAUGAAAGUGGUCCCGGUCGUCUUGCCCCUGCAGAGGGCCUUUUCGCUUUGCGCGACCUAUUGAAAAAGACUGAAAGGGGAAGCAUUGAUGAGGAGCGCUGCACCGCCUUUGAAUUGGAGAAGGCUGAUGUGCCUGGGCAGAUGCUGCGCUAUUUGAAGAUGCAGCCUGUGCAUGACACGUCGCACAAAGAGGACCGGUGGAAGCUUUUCUACGAAGCAUUCGGUGACUUCUCGAAGCAAUCGAAGAAGGGACUGACAAGGUUCCUGAAGGCGCUGCAUGCCGUGAUCGAGACCGGAGAGGCGCUGCCUGUAUGGCGGCACAAAAAGGAUCGUGGCCUGAAGGCCUUGACAGAGCCUAUUUCCUUGAAGCUGCGCAACACGGCGAGUGGCAUCGCAUGCCCGGUGCUGGACAUACACUUGCCGAAGCAAGUGCCGGCAUUGUCCGUUUCUGUGGAACCCCUGGUUCAGCUCACGGACCUUGCAAAUUUUCUCACAAAGGUUACACCAUGCAUUGACGAAGCAUACCUGAAAUUUUGUCAUCGGCUUAUUGGACACAGGAUCUGGGACCAUCACACAGACAAAGCCUAUGAGGUGGUCGCCUUCGAGAUUUUCAGCCUCGGGCUGCCCAUCCCAGUGCACACAGUGCGGGCCGAAGAUGAGGAGAACCAGUGUUGGCUUCUGGCAAACCGCAGCUACGCAGUGCUGUCGCUCUCCGAAGAUGUUUCAGACCUGGCCCUGAAGGUGGCGUUAAACCAGCUUCAGGCCUUGACUCGAGCGGAAGAGUAUGUGGCCACUCUGGACAGGUUGGAGCACGUUCUCGCAGGGACGGAGGGCGAGGCUUCGAAGCUCUCGGAAGUCAAGCCUGAGGAUCGAAGUGAUGCAGACGUUGCGUCAGAAGAAGCCAAAUCAAAAGUCGUGAUGCUGGCAUCUGACAAUGCCACCCAGGUCCUGGAACUUAUCCGUGCUGAGAAGACACGAUGUGCCUUUGCUGCAGAUACCACGGAUGGCGACACCACAUGUGAACAGGCCGUGGAUCCUUCGAUGCGGGUGCACACGGUCAUGAUUGCAGUCUCUGACGAAAUCCCUUUCGAACUGUUCUGGCCAAUGGUCAAGGAUGACAUUGUUGGCGCGGUGAGGGAGCUUUGUCCACGUGGUAUGCCGGGAAUGGAGGAGGCAGUUCAGGCGGGUGUUGCCAACAAUGGCAUGGGGCCGAUCGCGCAGAAGCUUACGCAGCAGGAGGCAGAAACCCUGGCAACACGUGUUGGACAUGUGGUCCAGACAGCCGUCAUAGUUGAUCAAGAAGCUCUUCAGGAGGCCCAAAAAGAGAAGGCCAAAAGCCAACAGAAUGAGCCGCUGUCCGGACUCACGAGUCGCAUCCAAUUCACUCCGAAGGGAGACAAGACUUGGAUCCCAGGCACUGUUGUCGGGCAGCUCGGGGAACGCUUCAGCUUGGUUGACGACAAAGGGGUUCUGUAUGACAAGCUGCCACGGGCACGCAUUCGCCUUCCGCCUGGAAAGAGGGACAGCACGGGAAGCGCCAACGGUGCUCCGAUCCAGGCAGUACUUUCUCAGGCAGACCUGGUACGAAUCCGGGAGCACCUCCGCCGUCGACAAGAAGAAUGGGCCGAGCGCCAUGCGCAGAACGCCUCCGCAAACGCUGGAGCGAAUGGUACUGGCGCAAGAACUGGCACUGCGGGUGAAGAGGCUGGCGUUGCGGGCAGUGAACAGAGGACGCCGACUUCUUCGCGCCCGACAUCUGCACCAGCAGUAGCAGCGUUGAUGCAUCGAUCACGAGCUUCGUCCGCACCUUCGAUUGACGGAGCUGUAAGACGGGGUAUGAGCAUUCUAUCUCGGGAAGGUUCACUCAGCGAAGUAGACGGCAACAGCGGUGCUCUAGAUGUGGUUCAGUUCAUGGAAGACGAGGGCAUGGGUGACGACGAUUUUGACGAGGAGGGAGGGCCUGUCGAUGAUGACGAGGAUGAAGAUCUUCCUCCACUAGAAGCGCACGAGGCCGACGGCGGCCUUGCAGCAGGACGUCUUGGAGCCAGCAGAGGAAGCGAUGGGGAAAACAGAGAGUUUGGGAUCGGCGAAGCUGGAUCCAUGGAAGAGGAGCUGCGGAUGCUGGAGCAACUUCGCGCCAUGGAGCAGAUUAUCUCCGAGGUUCUGGACCCCUCAGACUCGAGCCGCUUGAGGCGACCGGGUGGAGACUCAGCUGGGGAUGAUUUCUUCAGCGCCCCCAUGGCUAGCCUGCGCAUCCGUAUGGGUGGCAGUGAUCUGCGUGUGCCAGUUGAGACUUGUCAGAUCCGCAGGGGCGGUGGUGGCAAAGGUGGAAGCGAACCACUCCGUGGGGAGUUCCCGUCCUUCGUGCGAUCUGCAGAUUCUGCGAAUGCAACAUCCACUCUCGAUCAUCCUGUUGUGGAGCGCCUCGGCGCCUCAGAUCUCGUUGCUGCUCAAGGCACUGGAGACGAUCCAGCAGUUGAUGACCGAGGUGUGCAACCUCCGCAAUUCUCAGCACGCUUCUGCCUGUGCUCCAGAGAGGAACCCGGGAAGGAUUCCAGCAAUGUCGUCGAAUCGGCGACCAGGGCUCUGAAAUCUUUCCCGCUGCCGCGGUCGUGGAAUCUGCUGAAAGCAAUGCAGUUUCUGCAAGAUCAACAAGUCCUGCACAGCCGCCAAGGUGCCGACGCUGCGAGGAUGGUUGACCACCAAGCCCUCGUUGUGGAACCGCUGCAGAAGGUUCCGUUGGACAACUGGUUCUUGGGAUAUGAGCUUGUCCUGGAGAGCACAUCAUCUCCAUCAGUGGACGAUGCUACAGAGGUGGCUGGUACCAUGAGCCCAACAGCCAGGCAUACUCCGAGCGGUGAAGACGUUGCCUUGGGCAACGGCAAGAGAAGACGAAGGACCUUACCCGUUGGUGAGCUGACGGAUGCCGUCGCAAGGGAGAUGUACUCGGACAUGAGUCGGAGACGUCCUGAUGGCUCCGAAGGCGAAGUGCCUAGCAUCGAAAAGAUGAUAGACCAGUGUGGCGGCAGCGCCACGGUUAGCAACGCCAUUGAACUGCUCCGAUUGAUCCAUAGAAAUGCUCAAAGCCUAGGCCCAGAGAUGGGAAGUUGGGUUUCGUCCAAGCUGGACAGGAAACUAAGGUAUCAGCUAGAAGACCCGCUGAGCGUCAUCAGUGGUACGUUGCCAGUGUGGGCGGUAACACUGCCACGUAUGUGCCCAUUCCUUUUCAGCCUGAAGACUCGGAAGAUGCUCCUGAAGUACACUGCAUUUGGACCAUCCUUCGCUGUGCAUUGGACGCAGGAGAGCAAAGUCGGAUCUUUCUUGAAGCGGCGCGCAACGGUGCAGACAGAGCUGAAUGCACAGACCGAUCCAAGGAAGAUGCAGGAGUUAUCCCAGGAGCUGUCCAACAUCGAGGAGCAUGUCGUGAGGUCAAACUUCUGGCUCGGAACUUUGCAGAGCACGCUGGUCCGUCUGCAGAAGGGUGAAGAAUUCCUCCGGCAGUCCGAUGUUGCAAUGGGCUUUCUUGCCAAUGCCAGCAAGCUGUUGGAGGUUCAGUUCGAAGGUGAGACAGGUUUCGGAGUGGCCGUGACGCAGUCAUUCUAUGUGGAGGUUGCGCAGGCUCUACAAGAGCGCGCCAGCAAUGCCUCUGUUCCCUUGUGGGUUGAAGACGAUGACUCAAGCGGGAGCCAGCAGCACUUGUUGUGCCGCAAAGGCUUGCUGCUGAAGCCCCUCACCUCAGGGCCUCAAAGGGAUGCGGCAGUUGAGCGCUUCCGAUUCUUAGGCCGACUGAUGGGGCAGGCAUUGCGUGAGGGCUUCAUUGUGCCCCUGCCACUUGCGGACGAGUUUUUCUCAUUGGUCCUUGGAGAGAAGCUCGGGCCAGACAGUCUGCCCAGACCUGGCAACGGUGUUGCCGGUGAGCUGCUGGGCGCACUCGCGGAUUUCGCCGAAGACUUGAAGGCUGGAGAGGCAUCUCAGAAGGAUCGCGGUAGCUCUCCGGAGCAGAUCCAAGCAUGGAAGAAAGCCCAGGCUGAUCGCAAGGACUUCGCUGAACGCUUCCUCUCGCCCAGUGACCGACCGGAUAUGACUCCGACACAAGAGCCAAUGUCCUUCAACGAGUACACCAGCUUGGCUGGAGUUUGUUUCUUGGAAACCGGCCUGAGUGGUGCAGCCCUGUGUCCAGAUGGGGAUAACAUCCUCGUCACAGCGGACAAUGUGGCCGCCUUCGUCGAACAGGCCACCCACUUUUGGUUUGAUGCAGGUGUGAAGGAUCAGGUGGACGCCUUCCGUUCCGGUUUGAACGACGUCUUCCCCUUUGCAUGCCUGCAGGCGUUUGCACGAUCAGAACUUCGAGAGAUGUUCUGCGGUGAGGACAGAAUUGACUGGGAUGAGCAAGCGCUGCUCAACCACAUCCACCCAACGGGCGGGUUGAACGACAAGUCACCAGCUUACCGAUUCCUAGUGGCCGUCCUCUUGGAGUUGAACCAGGCAGACAGGUCCAGAUUCUUGGACUUUGUUUCCUCAUGUCCUCGCCUUCCUCCAGGCGGCAUUGCAAAGUUCCACGUGGACGUUUUCCCCGAUACCAGCGCCUCACGGCAAGCCUUUCCCCGUUCACGAGCAUGUGCCAAUCAGCUGUACCUGCCGCCAUACACCUCCAAAGAGGAACUGCAGGCGAGGCUGCACGAGGCCAUGUACUGCUCGGCUGGACAUCACGAGCAGAAGGUGCGGGAUCAGUGA